CUCUUUUACCUUGGCAACGAUUUGUCCUCCGAGUCCGCGUUACCGCUCCACUGCACGCGCGUAAUCGAUAUCGACAAUAAUCAGUCUAGGAAAUCAACGCCACGUCUCUCGGACGCCACUCUGCCUCGUGCCUUCGGGUUAACGCGCGAACGACAAAAACAGUUAUGUCAUCCUUUGCAUGACUAAGCGCACCUCGCGCGGUAUGAGCGGAAUGCGUGACGCGGCCUGCGCGUGAACCUGUCCCGCGCGCCGGCCGGCACCGUAAGAACAGGUGAUACCGAAGGCUCGGAAAGCGGCAUCCGUUAGUGUCGCUUUUGGGUCGAGUGUUUUAACUCCACGGAGCGCUGAAAUGUUUGCGGUCGCGGCGUUUCCUCGUUCUCCGUCCAAGGAAACAGCGCCGUAAACACGUACAGAUAUCCCUGCUAUGGCGGGAAAUGUAAAAAUGACUGCAGAGGGGGAGGUUGGAGAGGAGAAGGAGAGAGCUAAAGAAAUGGAUGAUACCUUGGACGAGACUGCGGAGGAGGAAGAGGAGGAUGAAGAGGAGAGGAAGGCCCGGGCCGCAGCAGAGGAGGCAGCAGCCAGAGAGAGAGCCGCUCAGAGGCAGCUCAUGGCCAUAGAGGAGCUGGUGCAGACUGAGAGGAACUUCUUGAAACAUCUGCAGCUCUGUACGGUCACCAUCCACAGCAACCUCCGGAAACUACAGCCUCCUCCUCCAAACCUGGAGAACAUGUUCCAGCACAUAGAUGAAGUGAUGGAUGUUUCCAGCAGACUCCUGAGCCUCCUCGAUCAAGCACAGAUACAUCACAGUGACCCGAAAUACCUGGAAACACUCUGUGAAUCUUUCCUGAGUCUGUCUCGAGACAUAGAGAUGGCUUAUAAAGAGUACCUUGCCAACUACAACAACAUAACAGCUCUAGAGAACAGCUACAAACAGAAAGAGGCGCUGUGGGUGGAAAUGGUCCGAGUCAUCAAGUCAUCUGCUCCCGAUGUGAACGCGUCCACUCUGAGCUUCUUCCUGGUGAUGCCGGUUCAGAGAAUCGCCCGUUACCCGCUGCUGCUCCAGACCAUUCAGAAACACACUGACCCCGGGCACCCUGCCUGCCCCGUACUGGAGCACGCCGCUCACACUGCCAUCCAGAUCAACUGCAGGAUCAAUGAGUACAAGCGCUUCCGUGAAGUCGCUGACAAAUACAAGAAGACAGAGAACCUGACCAUCAAGGACAAGAUCAAUCGACUGAGUGGCCACAGCAUUGUCAAGAAGACGGCCCGGUUCAGCCAGUACAUAAAGCACGAGACAGGAAUGGUACCAAAGUUGAAGGAUGAAGAAUUCGAUGCUCUUGCUGGCUUCUUCUUUGUCCUUGAGAGGGGUGUCUCAGAGCUGCAUGAUAACCUACAGGCCUAUCUCCACCAUCUUCGGAGGUUCCUCAGCUGCAGACCAGAGGAAGCAGAUCUUGAUCUGGAAGGAGAGAAAACCGCCUUGUUCUCUAAAGAAAUCACAGUGGCGCUCAGACAGUGGAUCUACCCCUCAUAUGAGGAGCGUUUGAAGACCUUAGUCUUUAAGCCCUUGAGCUCCUUGCGGGAACUGAUGGCAGGACCACGUAACCUCAUCCGCAAACGGCAGGACAAGCUUCUGGACUAUGAGUUGAUCGAAGAGAAGAGUAACCUGAGCUUUGAGGAGCAGGCCAUAGCCAACACCUACAAGACCAUCAACACUCUGCUGCUGACCGAGCUGCCGCUGUUCAACGGAAAGGCCCUGCAGCUCCUGUGGGCCGUGCUGGAGGCCUUCAGCUGCCUGCAGAGAGACCUGGCCGCUGACAUGGAGCAGCUGGCCACCAGCUUCACCCAUCAGCUCCCACGCAGUUAUUUGGAGGAUGGUGAGUUCUGGAAGUGGGCAGAGACUUCGGUGCUGGAGGGUUCGAGGAGGAUGGAGAGCCUGUGUCAGAGUGUUCAGGGUGAGCUCAAUGCUCCCAUUGUGCAGGCGUUCAAUCCUGUCUCCGAGCGGCGACUCAAGGCUCUGACCGCCAAACACGGCUCGGAGAAGAUCUACCAGCUGACGGGCCCCGUGGUGGGCACCCGCGACCUCGACCUGACCCUCAACAAGGGAGAGCUGGUCGCUGUCGUCAGUGAGAUGGACACUCGAGGAGACCGGCGCCGCUGGCUGGUCGACGCAGGAGGCCCGAGGGGAUACGUGCCUGCCUCAAAACUGACACGCUACCACCAGAUCACCAUCGACCCACCGCAGUCUCCUCAUCUGAAUGUCACAUCCAGCGGUCCGGGACCGAGGAGACACUCCUACACCCCCGGAGCCCAGCCGCCGCCCACCACUGUGACCACUCCCUGUUUCCAGUAUGGGGAAGAGGAGGUCUGCUCAGACCGCCUGGAUGCUGACUUCCCUGACUUUGACCUCUCGCAGCUGGACGCCAGUGAUUUUGACUCCGUGAACUGCCUCAGUGAGCUGCAUUGGUGCAACGAGCACUCAGAUCACUCCCCUGCCUCCAUACAGUACAGCGGCGGAGACCCAGAGCUAUUCGAGGAAGAAAAUGCGGCACUGCUCGCUGCCCUCACAGACAGCCUGGACGGCAUUGUUGAGGACGGAGUCGGGGGUCUGUCUGUGUUCCCUUCGCUGGGGGACGACCCUGAGGAGGGCGAGGAGGAGGAAGAUGACCUCCCUUUGGACAGUGAGCCCUUCCCUGGCUCAUUGAGCCCAGAGACAGAAGACCCAUCUCUACUUAAAAAGCUCCUGUUGUCGCCCCCUAAUGUGCCUGCGGGCCUCGAUUCGCACAAAGACGUGCAUCGCCAUAGCAGCAGGAGCCGACACGUCAAACCCGUGAGGCCCGUGCUAAAGCAGAAGGACAAAUCAAGCACACAGGAGCGUAAGCCCCGGCCGACGAGGCCCUCCGGACGACUUUGCACUGAACUCCACCGCCACCUCACCACCGAGGACCAGCCCUCCGCCGACACAGAGGAAGAGGAGGAUGAAGAAGACAGCGACUCGGAGGAGGAAGAGGAGGAGUCGUCCGGCAGCGAGGGCGAGGGCGAGAGCGCGGCGAGCAUCGAGCCGGCGAGGCCCCAGUUCUCCUCGGAGAAAGAGCUGCACUCUGUAGUGGAGCUCAUCAAAUACAUGCACACGUACUGCCUGCCCAUCCGCAAACAGGCCAGCUGGGAUCGCAAAGAGCGCAAGGCCAAGCCCGAGAGCUCUCCGGUCCCCCGCAGCCUUCCCGUGAUCCCUCAGAAAGCGGCUCUCCAGACCAGGCCGAGGGCCCCUUUCACUCGCCGCAGAGAAAUCAAAGCCCACUCCCUGCUGAAGGAGCUGCUGGAGGCCGUCAGCUCCUUCGACGUAAGCAAGCCUUACCGAAUGCACAGCCCUCCUUACAUCCACUGCAGAGGGGCCACGGCUCGGCCCGGCGCUGAGCUUACUUCCUCCCCCAAAGACUCGGACAGCGAGAGCUCGCAGAAGGCCGCAAAGCGCCCCAAGAGCCCCGAGCCGGAGGAAGGCUCUUUUUCGGUCAGGCGUUCUCGACGGCUGGCCUCCUUCCCCAGCCGGUUCGCUAAGAGAGUGCGCGUGAUCGGCGUCGGCCAAUCGAGCGAGAAGGAGAACGCGGUCAAACAUCCUCCCGCCGAGCCUCCUUCUGAUAACAGCCAGAAGAGCGGCUCUCACAAGACGCCUGAGGUCCGUGACCCCUGCUGCAGUGAUGAGAAACGCUCCUGCCUCUGUCUGCCGCUGGCGUCUAAAUCCAACGGAGACACGCAGUAUGCCAACAAGCCCUUUGAGCAGACUCUCUCUGUGGAACUGUGCGGCACAGCAGGCCUGACUCCCCCCACCACACCCCCCCACAAACCAGUGGAGGACGAGCUCUUCAAACCCGACGGGAAAGCCGAGCUCGCCACCAAGAGCUCGUGCCUGGCGCGGGCGCACAUACGCAAGCUCCCAGAGCAGACGGAGCUGUACGCCCAGCUGCGCCGGAUGGGCCAAACGGGCGACGCGGAUACUAAGGGAGGGACGCAGCGGGCGUACGGGGACCACGAUUACUGCCUGUCGGGUCAGGGAGAGAACUGCAAGGCGGCGACGGCACUCGGCUCUCGGUGCCGUGAAGAGGAGGAGAUGGCCGUGAAGGACGAGGAGGUGGAGGGACCUGAGGAGAGGCUCCUAACGAACUGCCAGCAAAAGACUGAGGCUGAUUCGCUCGUGGCAUUGUUCUCACCCGGUCCAGAGCAGACCAGUCAGCCCUCGCCCGUCCGCUCUCCCACCCCGGAGCUGGAUGCCCAGUCCCCAGUGUCCUGUUCGCCCCCUUCCCCUGGCUGCAAACUCCCCUUCAGCGAUGAGAGCUCGGAAACAUGCCACGGAGCAGCUGAAAAAAGAAGCAAGACAAAGUGUGGACAAGAGAAUGAUGUGAACAAGUGCCAAGUGAUCUACAUUCACAAUCUUCCGAGCAGCGUCACUCAGUCCAUGCUGCGUGAGCGCUUCGAGGCCUUCGGCCGUCCGGAGGACUGUAAAGUGGUCAUCAAAAACGAGGAGCGUUGUGGGGUGAUCACGCUGAGACCGGCUCAGAACGGCCAGACCUCGCGGCACAGGUGGGACUCGCUCGGUCCGAGUGGAGGAAGCGGCAGCCGGCGGUUCGGACGGAAACGUUACAUAGAUCUGGAUGAGGCGGGUCCCGGUCCGGUGAAGAGCAAGUACGAUGCACUGGACUUUGACGCUCUGCUGAAAGAGGCCCAGAGGAGCCUGCACCGCUGACACGCGCCUUACACGCCUCCAGCAUCACACCCCGUCCGAGACUCACCUCAGCACCUCAAACAAGGCACUUCUUCAUGUUUACAUUUUGAACAUUGGAAUAAAAAUAAUAGACCUUGUCACUUCUAACUGAGGAUCGGAGGACAAUGGGGCGGGAGGAUUACAAAGGAACAGAAUCAGCUCUGAGACACCGGACACAAGUGCUGCUUCUCGUGUGUGUUUGAUGCCAUUCAUGACGUCGCGAGCGGCUCGGGCUUCGUAGCAAACCGCACCCUUUUCCAUCGGUUGUUGUGACGUGCGUGUGCUUUUUUUUUUUUUUUUUUUGUACCCCACUCUUCAUAGACCUGCAAGGUGCUUUCACCAUUUUGUCGUACAAAUAUAUAAACAAGCUUUGUAUUAGCGAAAUUUUGUGGAUGUUCAACUCUAUGUGUGUGCGUGUGUGUGUGCGUGUGUGUGUGUGUGUGUGUGUGUUACGAUGGAUUAAAAGUGGAUUUAAAAAAAACGACAAACAAAAAAAUCCUACAAGGUAGAGUUUACAAAUCAAUAAGUCGAGAAAAAAAGUAGUCUUUUUGUAAUUUUAGUGCUUCCUUGAUUUCAUCUAUGCACUCAAACGAGGUAGUGCUUCUUUGGUCUGGCCUUUGCCCUCCUCUGGGUUUGAAGGGGCUUUUGCUGCUGGCUGUCAGACACAACCAACCGAGUCCAAACUCGACUGUACUACCUUAAAGCUGAAGUGUGUCAUUUUUGAUGUUAAAAUACUUUAAUCCGAGCUUAAAAAACUUAUAGUAAACACAAAUGUAUCAAAACAUUGAUCUGUUUCUUUGAGCAGCCAAGCACAGCCAGUGAUUUGCGUUUAGGGGCGGGGCUUUGUCUGGCUGACCAAUUGACCCUUUGCAGGGGGUUUGAUUGACAGUCGAUCUGACCAACCAUAACGCCAUCAUUUUUGUACGAAACAACCAGAGUAGAUUAACGUUGCUGGACUUGAUCUUGAAAAAAGGUGUGCAUUGACAUCUUUGCUCGGUUGAAGCAAGAUACUAUUUGCUAAAUCUUGUGCAUAAUUAAAAAAAAAAUUUCCGUUGACUUAUUGCAUACACGCAUUAGCAAGUCAACGGAUCAAGCUUACUAUUUUUUUAUCUGCAUGUCAUGUGCAGGACUCUGUAAGAUACCCAAGAGCGCAGACAAAGUAAUGUGCAAAGGGUCAAUUGGAAACCUGUUGAAAACAGUCAUUAUGUUUGCCGCAGAAAUGCACACUUCAGUUUGUGUUACCGUUUUACUUGUCAGAACGCGACCCGAUCCGGUUUAGAAUCCCACUCCCGAGGGAAACGUAGUUCGAGAAUGUAUCCAUCACAAACGCGAUUGUAACGGCCGCCCCAUCGGCCUCGAUUCGACAGUACAGUUCCAGUAGCACAGCCCUGCCAGACGUCCAGGCGGUUGACGCAUCGGAGCGCUGCUGAGAGAAGGGUGGCGGUAAACUCGGAGGAAGAUCUCUCCAGAGCUCAAUCUCAUUAGAGAUACGGUCGUAUCUCUGCUUUGUUUACAUGUCACUCUCUCAUACUCUUUCUCUCUAUAAGCUCAAACACUCUUUUUUUACUCUCUCCUUUCCGACAGGGGAAGAUCUGCGGGUUUUUUCUAGCUCUUACCUUGUGGCUACUUCUCUCUUCGUCCUUUGUGUGUGUUUUUGGAGUCUAAACGUGUACCAGUGCGUAACUGCGUGUCGUCCGUGUCUUUUAUGGGGUCUAGGGAUGGGUCUGUCCCUUAUUAUACGCCGGGACCCGUUGCUUUUGUUCCGCGAGGGUCUCCUCCUCCAACCUUUGGCCUGUGGAUCUAGUACAGUUGUGAGCGAGUGUGCGCGUGCGUGUGUGUGUGUGUGUGUGUGGGAGAGCGGCGGCCUCUCUUUACCCCCCUUUAUCCAGAAACACACCCCAAACCUGAAUGUUUACAUGACUGAAUUCUCUUUCGACUUUUACUAGAGCGCACACUAAGUACAGAACGCCUUAUUCAGUGUUGAAGUACCCUAUCAGGACGUGCCUUUCGGCUUUCCCUUUUACGGUACUGAGCUGUUACGUGGACACGGCCUCUGGAUAUUACAGCCGCAUUUGACCAAUUCGCCCUAUAAGAUCUUAAACUGAAUGAGUGUUUGUGCUUAGUAUGUAUACUACUAAUUAAGCGAGAGAUGUGCUGGUUUACAAGAUUAUAUAUAUAUAUAUAUAUAUAUAUAUAUAUAUAUAUAUAUAUAUAUAUAUAUGAGAAGUAUAUAAUGUGUAUAUAGCACUGUGUCUUGUGUAAACAAUGUGCUGUACAGCGAUGUGGUGACGUGUGGCUCUGAUUGGUUGUUGGUGAACCCGACCAUGCAGCGUUAAGCAAUACAGGGAGAUCCAGAAGGGAAUUUUCAUUGAUAUGGCUUCAUAAGUCAAACACAGUUGUAUAAAGUGUCCCUUUAGAAAUGGUUCUUUUUAACGACUUUAAUAUGUUUUUCUUUUUUAUGCAAUUGAGAUGCAAUACCGCUAGGAAAGCCUUCCUCGCGAGGGAAGGGUUUAUUGAAGAGACUGGUUGUUUUAAGGGUAAUCAGAUCCUGUACUGUACGUUGCGGACGGGUCAGAUGGUUCGAAAAGAAGGUAAACGUUUAGAAUCGCUGGCCGAGAGGGACUUUUUUUAAUAGGACAAUACACAGACAGCCCGAUCUCACAGGGAGAGCCUUAAACCUUAGGGGAAAACAAAGCUAUCAGUCCUGUCUGAUCUCCUUUACAAUCCAAUGUGUUUUCUUUACUGAAGUAAGCAAACUUUUUCGAUACAGCCAUAUUAUAAAAAGGUAUAUACAUAUAUAUGAUUAUAUAUAUACAUAUAUAUAUAUUUGUGUGUUUGUGUAGAUAAAUAUAUAGAUGAUAUAAUUUGUUAUAGACCAUUUUAUUCAGUGUUUCGGAACACUUCAAUACAUUUCAACACUGUCAAUCUAGAAUGUACAGAUCCAAAUUAAAAAAAGGUAAUAAAAAAAAAAAAAAAAAAAGAAAGAAAAAAAAUCCAAAGGGAACCUUCUUCAAUGCAAUACAUUUUUCCAGCCCUCAUUUUAGCAAUCGCUAGACAAGUUGACCAAAAAGUACAUUUGAUGUUUGGAUACGGGAGAAGUGCGGUAUCGCAUCAAAUCCAUUUCAAGAAUGUCAUGAUCGUUUGGCUUGACCCUGUGUGUGUGUGUGUGUGUGUGUGUGUGUGAGAGAGAGAGCGAGAGAGCACGUGCAAGUGAUUUCUUCCUCUCUUUUUUUUUUUUCUUAGUUCACACAAAAUGUCACUUUUAAUUCACUACAUCUACGGCCCUGCAAUUUGUUGUUCACAAAGUACAUGCUCUUGCAAGAUUGGAAUUUUCCUCUUGAAUCAGCAGUGUAUAUAUAUUUGAGGAGAGUUUAUAUUGCGUGCUCAACCUUGUAUCAAAGAAGUGGGUCUAGCGUUUGUCGUCAUGGUGCCAGAGCAUCAGUUAAUAGAUCGCACAUACAUGUCACGUUUUGCUGCUUCAAGACCUUGUGUUUUGUGGAAACAAAAUCUGAGUCAAAGGGCAUACAUUGUUUUCUUCAUUGUGUCGUUUUCUCUUUUUUUUGGACUAUUUACAUCUAAUGACUAUCAGAUUCAUUAUGAUUUUCCUUUUUUAACGUAGUUUUUUGGUAAAUACUGCUAGUAAGAUUUUAUAUUUUUACAUAUGUUUUUUUUUUAUUUAUAUGCCACUUAGCUUGGAUGUCUUGAAAUGGUGUUGGUUUUAUUUUUCGAUUUUUUUUUUUUUUUUUCCUCUCGGUAUUGUGUGAUUUUCAUACAUCUUGAGAAUGUGGAGACAAAUGCAUUUCAGUAUUUUUAAAUUGUUAAAAUCUAGUUUCCUAGCUCAAAUCUAUAUAGUGGAAAUUAUUUGAUGUCAUAAAUUAUAUUUUAAUUCAUGUAAAUAGUUUAAAAAAAGCAGUUGAUGGCUUCCUUUUAAACUGAACACAUUUCUCUUCCGAGAUUGUUUACAUUAUUAAACUGUAGAAACUGAUCCUCAUAUACUGUAAAAAAAAAAAAAGUACAUAUAUUCAUUGUUUUGCCUCCAAAAAAUAAAAUCCAUAAUGAACAACA